GACUGUAGCGGUCACGAUGACACUAAUAAAACGCCUCUUAAGCCACUCCCGCGAGCGAACCGUGGGGGCCGCCGCUAAGGGUGGAGAGGGUGGAGCUUUUAACGGCCUUUCUAGUUAAAGGUUUUGUUAAAGAAUUUACAGUCGAUCAACUACCGCAUAUUAUUACCAGUUUUUACCCAUGGCUAUUCCGAAAACGAAGCGUCGCAAGACCUCCAUUGAUUCGGGCAAUGGGGAUCUUCACACCGCGAAGCCGACCGCGCUCUUUGUCCCUACCGGCGGAAGGAAGCAUACGCUGAGCGUCGCGAUACCAGGCAGCAUUAUCGCCAAUGCGAAAUCCCAGGAGACGAAGACACACCUGGCGGGUAUGAUAGCACGUGCCCUCGCAGUCUUCUGUGUCGACGAAGUUAUUGUCUUUGACGACGACCCGAAAGCUUUCAAGACUCGUGUCGAUGAUCUCCAUACAGAGCAAUUCACGGCCUUUACGGACCCGUCCCAUUUUCUCUCCCACAUUCUCGCCUAUCUCGAGACUCCACCCUACCUUCGCAAACACCUCUUUCCAAUGCAUCCGAACCUGAAACUGGCUGGUGUGCUUCCUAGUUUGGAUAUGCCGCAUCACCUGCGUGCCAAUGAGUGGUGCGAAUAUCGUGAAGGUGUCGUUGUACCAGAAAGUGACGACGAUGGGGGAGGAGGAGGAGGAAGUCCCGAACCGGGAGGGGGAGGGCGUGAAAUAGAUGGUGUAUCCAAACCAACCAUCAUCGAGACAGGACUCUCUCAGCCCGUUGUUCUGCACGAGAUGGAAAUUCCAGAGCUGGCACGCGUGACUGUCAAGUUUCCAUCGAAAGAUACCCCCGAGGACGCUGAGCCCGUCGACCCGAACGCACCGCGAGAGGAGGCCGGAUACUACUGGGGCUACAGCGUUCGACGAACACACACACUCUCUGGAGUCUUCACGGAGUGUCCGUUCGAUGGAGGUUAUGACCUCUCGUUCGGAACCUCCGAGCGCGGUGCAUCCAUCGCAGAUGUCCUGGCGGAGCCGUCCUUAGCGAAAUACGAACAUCUCCUCGUACUAUUCGGCGGCGUAGCAGGCAUCGAAGAGGCAGUUCGAGCCGACAAAGAGCUCCUAGACAAAGGAAUCAUGCCCGCGGACGCUGAGAAAUUGUUCGAUUACUGGAUCAACAUCCUCCCAGGCCAGGGCAGUCGCACCAUCCGCACGGAGGAAGCCCUCUGGCUAGGCUUGAUGGGUCUACGACCGUUUGUUGUCAACAACGGACAGCGUUAGAAAACCCUAUUCCCCAGCUCUUCACUCUAGGCAUUUUACUCCGUACAUUGGAUGCAAAUGACAGCGGGAGACGCGGUAGCUUUCUUUGCUUCCAUUCCAAGGGAGCGAGGCAUUAU